AUGACUCCCAAGUUCUUUGUUCUUGCGCGGGUUAUCAGCAGAGAUGGAGCUCUUGAAUUUUGGAGAGAAAGGCUCGUCCAUCUUUGCGAGGUAUCCAAGACAGAGCCCUACGGCGAUUCCUACUACUGGGGUUACGAUCUAGACGGCGCCAAAGACACUCUCUGGGGAUUGGAAGGAUAUACUCACCCCAUCGGCUUCUUCAUAGACCAUGUUUCGUCCGACAUUUUCAAGCGCGAGAUGGAACUUGUCGAUAAGGACAGACUGCUCAGAACUGUGCAAGGGCUUGGGAGUCCAGAUUAUGACCUCCAUCAUUACGACCAGUACGGUGGGUACCUGAAGCGGGAGGAUGACCCUGACGCCGACUCAAAGGCCAGCAUCGUGUUUCUCAACAAAGGCUCGCCAGGCCCCCAUCGGCCUGCAGAGUGCACUGGUCUUGAAAGAAUGCAGGGACACGACAAUGAGCACAUUGUGGUUGCGGCGUGGGAGGCAUUGCAAAAUUCAGUCGAAUCCAAGUCACUCGCUGCAGACAUUGAGCCCUUGACGAGAUCUACCGAAGUCCACCGUUCGCAGGUGUUUAAUGGACACAUUGGGUUAAAGGACAAGGUUGUAGGCACCCAAGUAUAG